UGCAUAGAGGCUGCAUGGCAUGUUUCUCACGAUAAAAUAGCCAGCGCUAAUUUAUCUGGAAGCUGGCGUAAGCUAUAUUCCUGUUGUGAAAAAUCAACCGAGGUUGCAACAUGGGGCGAAAGAAGGGCAAGUUUGUGCGCCCUGAGAAUAAGGGGAAAGAUAAACGGCAUAAAAUGAAAGGCAAGUCUUUAGAGGCCUUUACAGAAGAAAUGCACUCUGCUUUUGAAGCAAGUCUUCACUUAGAGGAGGGAGCAGAGGCACCACUGAAGAAACUGCCAUGUCCACUUGCAAUGUGGGACUUGGGUCACUGUGAUCCUAAACGUUGUACUGGCAGAAAGUUGGUGCGGAAGGGCUUUGUUCGCAACCUGCGCCUCAAUCAGAGAUUUAAUGGACUUAUACUGAGUCCAAUGGGUGCAAAGUAUGUGACACCAGCAGACAGAGAAAUUGUUGCUCAGAAUGGCCUAGCAGUGAUUGACUGUUCAUGGGCCAAACUGGAGGAGACACCCUUCAAUAAGAUGGUUGGAAGUCAUCCCAGGUUAUUGCCGUACCUCGUAGCUGCAAACCCUGUCAACUACGGCAAGCCCUGCAAGUUAUCUUGUGUUGAGGGUUUUGCUGCCACAUUCUGCAUUGUCGGUUUUGAGGAACUGGCAGUUCUCCUUCUGAAGAAAUUUAAAUGGGGGACAGUGUUCCUGGACCUCAAUAAAGUUCUUCUUGAUCGCUACGCUGCAUGUCAAUCGGAAGAAGAGCUGCUCUCAGUAGAGAAGGAAUUUCUCAUGUCUAAACCAGAAGAGGAGGAGUUUGAUCCAUUUGAUGUCAACUGUGGAAUGAAAUGUAUGAAUCUCAACAGACGGCAGUGUGUGCCUGAAGAAGAAGAAGAUGAUGAUGAUGAUAAUUCUAGUGGAGACACGGAUACAUCAGAAGAUGAAGAAAAAGCAGAAGCCAACAACACAGAUAUCAAUGAGUCAGAGUCUCAUCAUCAAGAUAAAGAAGGCUGAAUCAAUUACGUCACAAUGAGGAACAUUUCUAAUGUGGAUCCCUUUAACGCAAAGACUGGCUAAAUUAUUGUAAUACUUCAUACAUAACAUUGUUUUCCUAAAGACUGGAAUACUGUGCAAAAUGUAAAUAAAAAAAUAAUCU